AUGACACUUAAAACAUUUUUAACAAAUCGUCGACGAGGAACACGUUACCGUUUAAAUGGAAUAACACAAUCAACGUUUAGUCCUAGUCGAUGGCAGCCAUUUUCAAAUAUUCGAAAAUUGACUAGUGCAGGAGAGUUACCAGCAAAAGUUGAUUUAAGACCGCAAAUGACACCUGUCGAAGAUCAAUCGCAAAUUGGUAGCUGUUCGGCAAAUGCGCUUGCGGGUGCAUAUGAAUACCUUGUCAAGCAACACUUAAAUAAAGAUACAUUGGUUAGUCGUUUAUUUAUUUAUUACAAUGGUCGUCAACAAGAAGGAGAAGGUGACAUAACUGAUUCUGGUUGUACCAUGUCAGCUGCAAUCGAAGCACUUGAAGCUUAUGGUACGUGUGGCGAACGCUUAUGGCCCUAUGAUAUAUCAGCAGUAAAUACUAAGCCAUCUCAAGCCGCCUACACUGAAGCAAAACAAUUUAUAGUUGAUGAAGCAUUGUCUGUUCAGAUUGAAUUAAACGAAAUGAAAUCAUGUUUGGCACAAGGUUUUCCUUUUACAUUCGGGAUCAUGUUAUUUCAUUCAUUUGACGAUGCAGCAAGUGGAGGAGUUGUACCGAUGCCAUCUGGUGGACAGCAAGGAGGGCAUGCAUUGCUUUGCGUUGGUUAUUCAGACCAAUCAAACUCUUUCAUUGUUCGAAAUUCGUGGGGAGAGUCCUGGGGCGAUAAUGGUUAUUGCUACAUUCCAUAUGAUUAUAUGACAAAUACUGAUUAUACGUUUGAUGCAUGGACAAUAAGAAAGUUAUCGAGCGAUGACUUUGGUCAAGAUGCGUGGGACAAUGACGAUAGUGUGGAUUAUACUCAAAACGCAGGUAAUGAUGCUGAUGCUGGUAAUGGGGCUAUUGAAGAUGUUGAUGACGAUUUGGACAGUGGUGGUGAUUUUCAAAGUAAUGAUUAUGGUGACGAUAAUGAUAAUAAUUGGUAA